CUCGAUCCAUCUCCUCUUCCGACCGACGACAUUUGUUCGCUCGACUCGUCGACCAUCGUCUGUGACCUUAAUAUCCAAUCAGCAAAGGAUUCACAGCAUCUCGUUUAAUAUCGACGACUCCCGUUCGCGUCAUCGACUUGGCUCACUGUUAAUCGAGAUAUUUCGACCAACAUCAAAUCGUGGCGAUUCACCGCAUCUUUGGACCAGCCUGGAGUAACACCAACCAAAAAGAAAACCCUCAGCUUUGGAUCAGACAAGCCUCAAUUCCAGUUGAUCUGAUUCGAGGCCCGCUACCGUAAUAAGCGGAUUAAUCAAACCAACCCAAACCUCGCUCACGCUCGCUCUAUAUUCGAUACACAACCAACAACAAUGAAGACCACAACAACUGUUUCGUUGGCCUUCCUGGCCGCUGCCAACUUCCUCGGAGUCUACGCUAAGACCGGAGUGCAAACGCCUGCCGUCACUCCCGUCAUUAACCAGUUGACCUCGCAUGGAUGCUUCUCAUCUGGAGCCAACUUUACCGUGGAGGCAUCAGGAGCAAAGGUCACCAGCGGCUACUGUGGUGAUAUUUGCAAAGACGCUGGCAUGUAUGUGUCAGCCAUGAAGGCCGAUAAGUGUUAUUGCGGCAUGGUUUAUCCUCCCGAGGACGAUCUGGUCAAGGACUCGUUUUGCAACUUCCCAUGCCCAGCCUACCCCCAAGAGGCUUGUGGUGCCCUCAAGACCUACUACUCGGUCUUCAACACCGGUCUGGAGAUUGCCGUGGAUGAUUAUGUGCCAGAAGAGACGACUACCAGUGCUGCUCCCUCAUCAACCAAGGCGGCCGAGAGCACCGCCGCUGAGAGCACUGCUGUCGUGACACACACCGAUGAUGUCACUGCCCCCUCCGAUUCUAGCACUGCCGGCGACGACGACAACAAGAAGAAGGACGGUCCCAAUGUGGCCGCCAUUGCUGCAGGUGUCGUUGUGGGUGUGGUGGUGGUUGGUGCUAUUGCUGGUGGUGCCAUCUUCUUUGUCCGCCGUCGACGAAACGCUGAGAUCGAGGAGGAGCAUCGCAGAAACGCUGCUGUGAACGCAUUCAUCAACGGCUCCAAGCCUCCUGGGAGCAGCGGCAGCAUCUCCAUGACCGACUCUCGCCUCGAUCCUGUCAUGGCUCACCGACGACUCAGUGAUGGCAGCAUCGCUGACAACCAAGACUACUCUCGAAGGAUCCUUCGGGUCACCAAUGCAUGAGCGAAUUCCAAAAUUCUUCGAGGCUUAUCAGCCAAACACUCCCCAUCCACCUCACCAUCGGCAUUCACGGCGUUUUUGGGAUGAUAGCUCAUGUCUAUUGGUCGAUCGAUUUCCCCCGACGAUCUGGCGGCGUUUGACUCUUUUCUGGGCGUAGGGUUAGACCUUUUUAUUCUCUUUUGCCUGUGCGGAAAUAACGACUGGAUUUGAUCAAACACGCUCCAUGGCACAUCGGCUCUCCCUACGCCGUCCACUCCCUCACUUGUCACUUUUCAGCUUCAAACUUUGAUUCGAGCAGUCGACUGGGGAAGAUGAGAGCAACGCCGCAGCAAUUAUCCCCAGUAUGCCACCGUCAUUCUCCAGCACCCUCCGCAGAAAUCAUCUCCGGGUAAGAGCAUCACGGCGGCAACCAUACCCUCACGUGUAAUCGGCACGUCUGUUUCUUUUUUCUCUUUACGACUGGGAGUCCGAGGUCUCCUCUGUACAAAUUCUCCAUCUAUCUAGCGAGUAGGAUGGGAAGCAGGUCUAAAAAUUAGAGGGCAACCGGGUCCUCUUGGGAUAUUUGGGCGGGGUGCUAGCGAGCGAGGUGUCACAUAGAUGCAGCAGGACGGACGCAGGGGAGAUUUUGCCAGCCCUGGCGGAGAUAUCACGACGAAGAGGGGGCUGGUUUAUUGAUGGUGUGGGAUAUCCUAUCGUCGCUCUAUUUAACCUUUUUUUACUUGAUCGUUGUUUCUUCUUCCGAAUCAUUGACCGAUGGAGGUGGUCAUGGUGUUUUCUGUAUGUAGGAUUGCGCGUAGUAAUCGAAACACCACCACUUGAGACUUG